UUUCUUUCACUCUCACUCUGAUGGAAAUGUUUAUGGUGAGGGUUGACUCUGUGAAGCACGUGGACUUGGACACUGUGUGCCAACAGGUGUUCUAGAUCUGGCUGUGAGCGUGUGGUUUUCUUUGGGCUCCUUUGCAAAACAAACUCACCUGGCUUAAGGGCUGCUUUUACCUUGGGUCUGUCUCCCUGGGGAGCUUUAGCCACUGUGUUUUUUCAGGGAAUCACCAAGUGAGCUGGGUCAGCUUGGGCUAUGGGGACAGUGCAUGGUGGUUUCUCUGACGCUGCUGCUGGCUUGAAGGGCCAGGUAGGUUCUUGUGCAGAUCCUUCUGUGGUGCAGGAGGAUGGAGAUGGGAACAGAUGAUGCAUUUAGAGGUGACUGCUGUGACUUCAGCACCCUUGGCUCCCAGUGCCAUGCUUGGAGAUGCCUGUACAUACCCCACAGAUUCGUGCUGCCUCGGGAAUUGCAGGUCCAUCGUGCAGAGGCCACACGUGUCACAUGUGACAGUGGCAGUCCUUGUGCUGCCCAGCCCCUCUGGUGCAGUGGUGGCUCAUGUGACAUCUCCAGCCUUAUAAGCCCUUUCUCUGUUGCUGUGCAGGGCCAUUUGCGUCUCUGCUGCUGUGGAGCCACAGGGGACACUUCCCCCGGGUGGUGGCUGGCAGGGGUGGGGCUGGGCUGCGGGGCCAGUGCCACAGCACCUGCUCAGAGGUUCUCCAGUGCUGGCAGCAGCUGCAGGUGCAGGAACAGGCAGACAGGUGAGUCAGUGCCGUGGGCUCUUCUCCUUCCCCGGGGGAAGGUUGUUCUGGGAUGAGGCCGUGUCAGGUGGGUUCCUUGUUGGUUCCUUGCCUGCCCUGGUGCUAGGCUGGAGUGGCGCUGGGCUCAGUAGGGGUGUCCACAGCUGGUCUGAGUGGUGGCUGCCCUCGUUUGGAAGGUGAGAGGCACCAGCUGGCAUUGUCUUCCUCGUCACUUUGAGGGAAUGGCCUUGGAGGUCUCUGCACAAGCUUUGGCCACUCCAGGUCCUGGGGGAAUGGUGACUCAGCCUAGAUCAUAAAACAGGAGGGAAGUGUUACAGUUCUCGGAGAACUUGGCUUUGGAGCCUGUUUGGAUUCAAAUCUGCUGUUUCCUUAGAGAAACAGGUAAAGAUUUGGAAUGAAAGUAGAGAAAGUAGAAUGGAGAGCCAGGCCACAUCUUCACUUGAAGCAGCAUCAGCAAACUGUUGUGUGGUAGCAGGUGUCACUGUGUCAGCCUGCACCCUGCUCCCGCAGCUGCCUGCAGGUCUGUGCUGCCUGCGAGGCCCAGGGAGGGUUGUUGCCACACCAACAGCACACGCAGCUCCCCGGGGCUCCCGUUCCCCGGCAGCGGCCUCAGUGAGUUUGGGGAGUCUCUCAGGAGGGAGCGACUGGGGCUGAGCCCUAGAGGUGGAGCCCAGAGCUGUGCUGGGGUGUCUGCCCCGCACCCCGGGGGGCAGCUCUGACCGUGUCCUCCUGCCAGGUCUGGGUGCAGCCGCGGUGGAUGACGAUGGCCGGUCGCCGAUGGCUCGUCUCGCCCGUUCAAGGCCUGCUGCUCUGCAUCUUGGCUCUGCACAUCCGUCUCCAGGACUCUCUUGCCCCAGCAGAGCACGACACAGUUGCCAACAGCACCGUGGUGGCUGCCAAGAAUGCCUUGUGGGUUGCUGCGGCCACCAAGAACGCCUCAGUGGUGACUACAGCUGUAAAGAACACCACCAAGGAUGCCGUACUGGUGGCCACCACCAAGGAUGCCACAGUGGUGGCCACCACCAAGGGUGCCGUAUUGGUGGCCACCAAAAAUGCCAGAGCAAUGGUCACCAAGAAUGCUGUAGUGGUGGCUACCACCAAGAAUGCCUCAGAGGUGGCCACCAAGAACGCCUCAGUGGUGACCACAGCUGUCAAGAACACCACCAAGGGUGCUGCAGUGGUGGCCACCACCAAGGAUGCCACAGUGGUGGCCACCACCAAGGGUGCUGCAGUGGUGGCUACCACCAAGGGUGCCGCAGUGGUGGCUACCACCAAGGAUGCCGCAGUGGUGGCCACCACCAAGGGUGCCGCAGUGGUGGCCGCCACCAAGGAUGCCAGAGCAGUGGCCACCAAGAAUGCUGCAGUGGUGGCUGCCACCAAGGAUGCCACAGUGGUGGCCACCACCAAGAAUGCCAGAGCAGUGGCCACCAAGAAUGCUGCAGUGGUGGCUGCGACCAAGAAUGCCAGAGCAGUGGUGGCUGCCACCAAGAAUGCCUCAGAGCUGGCCACCAAGAAUGCCUCAGUGGUGGCCACUGUCAGCAACACCUCGGUGGCUUCCACUGGCAAUGCCUCAGUGGCCACCAACACCUCUGUGAAUGGUGCACAAGAGACAGUGCUCACCUGCCAGAGCUUUCAGUGCUCCGGGGAGAGGUGUUACCAGGAUGAAGCCCAUUCCAACAGAACAGUCACCUGCCAUAAUGAGACUUACUGUGAGCUUUAUCGUUUCUCCAGCACAAACUACACAGCCGGGUGCAGCAGCAGGUGUGGUGUGGGGCUGUGCAGGACCAACGGCAGCGAGAGCAGGCAGCAAUGUGCCCUGGAGUGCUGUGCCACCCCACUGUGCCUGCAGCUCAACGCCAGCACCUACGGUGACCUGCCACCCACCACUGCUCCACCCAGGACCACCAACACCACCCACCGACCUCCCCCCCAAAACGGGAAAGUGUGCACAGCAUUCUCCUGUCACGGGGAUGGGUGUUUCAAAGGCUGGAAGACCGUUGCUAGAUGCAUCUUGGGGCAGGACUUCUGUGAGAUGAAGAGGACGGGCUUGAAUUACAUGGCAGGAUGUAGCAAAGCGUGCAAGGCUGCCAGACCAGUCUGUGCCAGUGGGAUGAAGGCUACCUGUUACCAGGAAUGCUGCCCAGCCACCCCGAAAGCCAGCUGUCUGAAACUGGAUGGCAAAAUUCAUGUCAAUAGCGCUGGGCAGGGGUAGGCAGCCGUCGGGAUGCUCCACAGCCUGCCCUCCUGCAGCAGAGCUCCACAGUGCUCGGUAGGAUCCUGUUGCUCUCUGACUUCAGCCAAGGCCACUAUCAAACACUCUCUGUCACAUCCCUCAGAAAGCUACAGGAGGGAUUCUGCCCUGCCCCACCCAAAUCCUGUAGGCCUGAGAGACCUGCAAACUAAUUGUGGAUUUUGAGAGCUGUGCAGUGUGUGCCUCCGUGCUGCUGGAAUGAGGGACCAGGAACGAGGUGUUAGGCCUCCUUAAAAAUCAGAAAAUUCUGCCUUGACUGAAGGCACAGGGGCUCCUCUAGUCAUUGACCUGCUUGUGGUGCAGCCUCCCUGGACCCCCUGUGACCUGUUUAGUUCUGAGCAGUUUAAUUCUGAACUGCUCUGGCAAUGAAAUGCCUCUUGCAUGGGUGGGUAAAAUGGUAACUCCAUGUUUUGUCUCCAAGUCCUAGGCAGGAAAAUGGGAUUACUCUAAAAGUGUCUCAUGUUUUAGAUGAUCCUGUUUCACAUCUGUGGUUCUCUGUUGCUAAAGGCAGAGCCCAGAUGUGAGCCUGUGACAUGAACACCCCCAGUGCUUCCCCAGCCUGUUCUUCCAGCACACAGAGCUGAUGCAGAGCUGGUUGGGCAGAAUUCCCUGGAGUCAAGGUGCUGCCAGUUGUGCACACGUGCAUGGCGCUGUCCCCUGCAACCGCUCUCCUCUGCUGCUGCUGGGUCCUUAGAGAAAAGAUUGCAAAAUAUUAAAGUCUGUGUAUCAGCCCUCUG